CCGGGCCGGGCCGAGCCGGGCCGAGCCGGGCCGAGCCGAGCCGGGCCGAGCCGAGCCGGGCGGCGGGGGAGCGCCGCGUCCCGCACCCGCCGGGCCAGGCCGCCAGCUGGGCACCGGCACCGGCACCGGCACCGGAGCAGCGGUGGGCAAGAGGUGAGGGGGUGCGCGAGACCCCCGCGGAGGAGGGGAACGGGGGCGGCUGCGGCCUGCGGGACCCGCCGCCGACAACCGCCCGGAGCUGGGAGAGCGGCCGGAUCCGGCCCCAGCCAUCACCCUUCGCUGGGCACGAGGACGUGAGGCCCGGUGUGUCCCCACCAGCUCGGCCCCCAUCCCCAUGGAGUGACCCUGCGCGGGGGUCUCUGCACCGGCGCGGCCCCCCCGGCAGCCAGCCCGGCAGGGAGGGAAGCUGGACGCCACCGCGAAUAUGAGCGACUUCUGGCACAAGCUGGGCUGCUGCGUCGUAGAGAAGCCACAGCCUAAGAAGAGGAGGAGACGGAUCGACCGCUCCAUGAUUGGGGAGCCCAUGAACUUCGUCCACCUGACGCACAUCGGCUCUGGCGACAUGGCCGCGGGCGAAGACCUGCCCAUGACCAGUGCCGUCCAGGAGAUGAGGUCCAAGGGCAGUCGGGAGCGACAGUGGAGCAACUCCCGGGUCUUGUAGCGCAUCCUUGGCUUUUUCAGCCCAAACUUGAACUGCCUGAGAAGAAGCCAACCUUGAGCGCUUUAACCUCGCAGUAAUUUAUGCAGAGCGAACCUCGCCCGGCUCCCAGUGGCUUUUGGUUGUCCCCCCCCACCAAACCCCUCCUUCCCAGAGGCAUCGGGUCAGUGACGCGAGGGGGGAGCGGGGACAGCAGCCCCCACCUCGUGCCCGACCAGGAUUCCAGCCGAAAGGACACAGUCACCCUCCUGAAGUGCACCAGGAGCUGCCGGGUGCGGCCACGAUGUGCCAAAUCCUCCUAUUUUUCCCUUUUUCCACACCAGUGUCUCCCCUGGGCCCCUCUCGGCGCUGGGCCGAGGUGCCUCGGUUUCCCCGAGGGAUCACGGUGAGGCCAGUCCCGGUACCGAGGCUGAUUUGGUGCCCUCCCGGAAAGGUGUAGAAGAGCAAAACUGGGAUUAAACCCCGAUGCUUCGGUGCAAAACAGGGAUUAAACCCCAACGCUUCGGUGUCUCACCGGCAGCAGCUCAGUGCCGACACCAUCCACGAGCCCGCGGUGCCUCCAGCCAGCGUUUCCACUGCCGGCAAUCCGCCACCUUCCUUCUUUUUCUUUUUUAGGAUAUAUAAUUUUUUUUUUUUUUAGAUCAAAAAAAAAAAUCAACUAGGCUGCCUCCGCCGCCUCGGAGGCAGGAUUGUGGUGGGGUCACCUCCGCCCAGGAUCGCCACCAGAGUUUCACCGGCCGAGGCAGGACGGGGCCCAAACCGAGGAGGGACUCGGGCUCCCGAAUUCGGGCGCGGGUGUAUAUACUUUAAAAAGCACUGGGAUUAAAUAUUAAAGAGCA